GAAACAGGAAAUAAGUUUCGCCACAUCCGGAGCCGCUCUGACGCCUGCGCUGUGCGUCUGGCGGCCGGUGACGUCCGGUGAAAUCCAAGAUGGUGGCGCUUGGCUGACCCUACGGUGACGGAAGUGCCGCCUCCACCCGCCUGCCAGCCCCGGAGAGCCCUGAGUUGCCCCUCCGCCACCGCCGCUAUGUCUGGCCUCAGCAACAAGCGCGCCGCCGGCGACGGGGGCUCAGGACCCCCAGAGAAGAAGAUGAACCGCGAGGAGAAGACCACGACCACUCUAAUCGAACCCAUUCGUCUCGGGGGCAUUUCUUCCACGGAGGAGAUGGAUUCCAAGGUACUGCAGUUCAAGAACAAGAAGCUGGCGGAGCGGUUGGAGCAGCGGCAAGCCUGCGAGGAUGAGCUCCGGGAGAGAAUUGAGAAACUGGAGAAGAGGCAGGCCACCGACGAUGCCACACUCCUCAUCGUCAACCGCUACUGGGCCCAGCUGGAUGAAACUGUGGAAGCCCUUCUCCAGUGCUACGAGAACCAGAGGGAGCUGUCCUCAGGGACAGAGGUGCCUGGGUGCCAAGAGAGCCUAACCCGUGAUGUGAUCCCUCGAACAGACCCGGGGACGUCAGAUCUGAGGGAACCGCUGCCAGUGCAGUUUCGAGCCCCUCUCAGUGAGCCGGCUUUGGCUUUUGUGGUGGCACUGGGCGCCAGCAGCUGUGAGGAAGUGGAGCUGCAGCUGCAGGGUCGGAUGGAAUUCUCCAAGGCUGCAGUGUCUCGGGUGGUCGAGGCCUCGGACCGCCUUCAACGGCAGGUGGAAGAACUCUGUCAGCGAGUAUACAGCCGGGGGGACAGUGAGGCCCCUGGGGAGGUGGCACGGGUGCGCACCCGGGAGCUAGGCAGAGAGAACCGUAGGCUACAGGACUUGGCCACUCAGCUGCAAGAGAAACACCACCGCAUCUCAUUGGAGUACUCUGAGCUCCAAGAUAAAGUGACAUCGACAGAGACCAAGGUCCUAGAAAUGGAGACCACAGUGGAGGACCUGCAGUGGGACAUUGAGAAGCUGCGCAAGCGAGAACAGAAGCUCAAUAAGCACUUGGCAGAGGCCUUGGAGCAGCUCAACUCCGGCUACUAUGUGUCUGGGAGCUCCACAGGCUUUCAGGGAGGCCAGAUUACACUCAGCAUGCAGAAGUUUGAGAUGUUGAAUGCAGAGCUGGAAGAAAAUCAGGAAUUGGCCAAUAGCCGAAUGGCAGAGCUGGAGAAGCUGCAGGUGGAGCUUCAGGGAGCCGUUCGGACCAACGAGCGUCUUAAGGUGGCCCUGCGUAGCCUUCCUGAGGAGGUCGUUCGUGAGACAGGGGAGUACCGCAUGCUGCAGGCCCAGUUCUCCCUGCUCUACAAUGAGUCUUUGCAAGUGAAGACCCAGCUAGAUGAGGCCCGGGGAUUGCUGCUGGCCUCCAAGAACUCCCACUUGAGACACAUUGAACAUAUGGAGAGUGAUGAGCUGGGGCUGCAGAAGAAGCUGCGCACGGAAGUUAUCCAGCUGGAAGACACCCUGGCCCAAGUGCGCAAGGAGUACGAGAUGCUGCGCAUCGAGUUUGAACAGAACCUUGCGGCCAACGAGCAGGCCGGGCCUAUCAACCGGGAAAUGCGCCACCUGAUUAGCAGCCUCCAGAACCACAAUCACCAGCUAAAAGGAGAUGCCCAGCGAUACAAGCGGAAACUUCGAGAAGUACAGGCUGAGAUUGCUAAACUCCGGGCACAGGCCAGCGGCUCUUCCCACUGCAUUCCCACCCUGAGCCACCCAGAUGACCCUGGCCUCAGUGCCCUUGCCCCAGGGAAGGAAGAUAGUGGGCCAGGCCCUGGAGGUACCCCUGACAGCAAGAAGGAGAUGGCUUUAGUGGCUGGAGCCACCUCUGCUACUUCUUCCAUAAAGAAAGAGGAGCUGGUCUCCUCUGAAGAUGACGCCCAGGCCCUAACCCCUGUAACCCAGGGCUUGCCCUCCAGGGGUCGAGAACCUGAGGCCAGACCCAAGCGAGAACUUCGGGAACGGGAAGGGCCUAGCCUAGGACCCCCACCUGCAGCCUCAACUCUGUCAAGGGCUGAUCGAGAAAAGGCCAAGGUGGAAGAAGCCAAAAGGAAGGAGUCGGACCUGCUCAAAGGUCUCCGAGCAGAGCUCAAGAAGGCUCAGGAAAGCCAGAAGGAGAUGAAGCUGCUCCUGGACAUGUACAAGUCAGCGCCCAAGGAGCAGCGGGACAAGGUGCAGCUCAUGGCAGCUGAGCGCAAGGCCAAGGCCGAGGUGGAUGAGCUUCGGAGCCGCAUCCGAGAGCUGGAAGAACGAGACCGAAGAGAAAGCAAGAAGAUUGCGGAUGAGGAUGCCCUGCGGCGGAUCCGGCAGGCAGAAGAGCAAAUUGAACACUUGCAACGCAAAUUGGGUGCCACCAAGCAGGAGGAGGAGGCGUUGCUGUCAGAGAUGGAUGUAACAGGUCAGGCUUUUGAAGACAUGCAGGAGCAAAACGGGCGGCUGCUCCAGCAGUUACGGGAAAAGGAUGACGCCAACUUUAAGCUCAUGUCAGAGCGGAUCAAGGCCAACCAGAUUCACAAGCUGCUCCGAGAGGAGAAGGAUGAGUUGGGCGAGCAGGUUCUUGGCCUUAAGUCCCAGGUGGACGCCCAGCUGCUGACCGUACAGAAGCUGGAGGAAAAGGAGCGGGCUCUGCAGGGCAGCCUCGGGGGUGUGGAGAAGGAGUUGACUCUGCGCAGCCAGGCCCUGGAGCUUAAUAAGAGAAAGGCUGUAGAAGCAGCCCAGUUGGCUGAGGACCUGAAGGUGCAGUUGGAGCAUGUGCAGACUCGGCUUCGAGAGAUCCAGCCCUGCCUGGCAGAGAGCCGGGCUGCCCGCGAGAAGGAGAGCUUCAACCUCAAGAGGGCUCAGGAGGACAUUUCCCGGCUUCGGCGAAAACUAGAGAAGCAGCGGAAAGUGGAGGUUUAUGCAGAUGCUGACGAGAUCCUGCAGGAGGAGAUCAAGGAGUACAAGGCCCGGUUGACCUGCCCCUGCUGUAACACCCGCAAGAAGGACGCUGUGCUUACCAAGUGCUUCCACGUUUUCUGCUUUGAAUGUGUGCGGGGCCGCUAUGAAGCCCGCCAGAGGAAAUGUCCCAAGUGCAACGCAGCCUUUGGUGCCCACGACUUCCACCGUGUGUACAUCAGCUGAACCUGAAACUCAGGGGACUUUGAAACACCCAUACACCCGAGGGGCUGUGCCCCCAGCUCCCCACUCCCCCCAGGGGCAAUGGCCCCAACCUCCCUUUCAGACUCCAUGAGCCCAGCCCCUAUGUGCCUAGAUGGUUUGGGGCUACUGGUGCGUGCAGGAGAGGUGGGGUCACCCAAGCUGAGUGCCAUCUUUUCCUGAAUGUCAGAUCUGCAGCCUCGGGGACUCCUGGGUUCACAGCAUCCCACUGUAACCUUGGAAGCUGACCAAAACCUGUUUCUACUGAGAAGACAGAUACAUCCUUACCCCUAGCAGGGAAUUCCUCCACCAGGAAAGGGCUCACCACCCAUCUGCACAAGCUCAGUGCUGACCAGGGGCCUGGGCUUCACACUGGGUCCUGGCCCAGGGAGCCUUGUUUCACCUACUUAGCCCCAGGCCUGGGCAGGGAUUUGGCCUUCCAGUGGAGUUUCCUGUACCCUGGUGUAGCUUUUGUGUUGAAGGUGCACUCUUGAGUGUGCGCCCUAUUCCAGGGACACUGCCGCCUCAUGGUCUGAUUCAGGGGCAUCCUUUUUUUUUUUUUUUUUAAAGCCAGACUCUUUACAAUCUCCUCCUAAGUCCACUUUACCCUUCCUCACACAUCCUGGUGGUCCCUUGGGCCACCUGGCCCUAGCCCUGCUUUCUUUCAUCCUGGUGAUCUUAAUUGUGGAGGUGCAACUUGCCAGGAGGGAAGAAACAAUGUAGCACUUGCAGGCAUUCCAGGUAGAAGAGCUUUGCCCGUGCUCCAGCUAGCCUGCACUGAUCCUGCCUAGGCAGGGUCCUGAACGCCGGAGACAGGGUCUGCUGGAGUUGGGAGACGGCGCUGCAGAUAGAUGGCUACAGCUUUUGGACUCACAGCCUCUGCUCUAGAGGUGUUGUGUGUGGGCUGCUAAUUGUUAUGAAUAAAGACCCAACGCUAGGCUGCAAGAGAAGCCGGUCCA